AUGGGCGCUGAGAUUCCAACAAAGGCCAAGGGGUAUUCCAUAACUUACGCAAAAGUCGCCUGGCAAUGUGAUAUCCUUUCGUAUUAUGACUGUGUCCUGUCCCCGGGCUCAAAUCAUGGGCAUGGCAUUUUCGACAAGCGAACUCACUGUGCGAAAUUCAACAUUCCUUACGACGACGACGCCGACAAGCUUCAACCUCCCGCGAAAUUCACCACCGCCGACCACCGUGCGAUAUUCUGGUCAAGGACUACACGAUACGAGUCCAGUCCAUCAACCGCAAUCAUGGGUAUCUCACGAGAUUCCCGCCACAAGCGUUCGGCCACUGGUGCGAAAAGAUCUCACUACCGCAAGAAGAGAGCUUUCGAAAAGGGUCGCCAACCCGCCAACACCCGUAUUGGACCUAAGAGAAUCCAUCUCGUCCGCACCCGUGGUGGCAACCAGAAAUUCCGUGGUCUCCGUCUUGAAUCUGGGAAUUUCUCAUGGGGCUCUGAGGGCAUUGCUCGCAAGGUCCGGGUCAUUGUUGUCGCAUAUCAUCCCUCCAAUAACGAGCUCGUCCGCACAAAUACUCUCACCAAAUCCGCGGUGGUCCAAGUCGAUGCUGCGCCCUUCAGACAAUGGUAUGAGGCUCACUACGGCCAAGCCCUCGGCAGAAGACGUCAACAAAAGGCCGGAGCGGAGGUAGCGGAGGAGAAGAAGAGCAAGAGUGUAGAAAAGAAGCAAGCCGCACGAUUCGCCGCCCAAGGAAAAGUUGAGCCAGCACUUGAGAAACAAUUCGAGGCCGGUCGGUUGUAUGCUGUGGUUUCCUCGCGGCCUGGCCAGAGUGGCCGUGUCGAUGGUUAUAUCCUGGAAGGAGAGGAGUUGGCCUUUUACCAGCGUGCGAUCAGGAAGUAGAGUAGGCGGGGCAGGCAGGGUUGCGUGGGAGUGACGAUUGAUGGGUUUGGUUGGAGUUCAGCAAAUUUUUCGAAAAUAAAAUUAUGUGAUACUUUUACAGCACCUGCUAGGGUGGGAUCUCUGCAGAGCUCUGAACAUUUUUUACCUGUCGGAAUGAAAUUUUCCUUUUCUAAUUCAUUUUUGUUAACAUGGAAUAUCUCCCUAGGGCCGUUUCUACCCUUCUAGUUGAGCAAACUUGAAAUCCCGCCGUACGUUCAGAAUUUAUUACGUGUAGAUCUCGUAAAUAUCUCCAAGCGGGUUGAAUAUCUCCCCAUACAUUGAACCAACCGUCCCA